UGGCGGCGUGUGUGGGAGGGAAAGUGGCUUUGAGCUGUCACAAGUCAUAAGUAGGUACCGACCUAUUUCUCGUCAUAAAAAGCCUUACAUUUUUACAUUCUCCCAUCUGCAAGCGCAUUCAAACCCUUGGUUUCUGGAAAUAAUUUCUCUCUUCAUCAUAGAAACCCUACGCCUUUGUUUUCAGAGAUAAAAAUGGAUAGAGAGGAGGGUUCUGAAAAAGAUAUAGGCGGCAGUGAAAAGUGUGUUUGGAACGCUGAAGAUGAAGUAGCGUUUGUGAGGGCGAUUGAGGAGUGCAGUGAAAAAGGUAAGCCCCUACCCACAUAUGCUUUUCUAUGCAAUCAUGCCAAAAAUGUAUUGGGUAGCAAAUACAGUUAUACACAGUUAUACAACAAGCUAAAGAGGCUGAAAAGAAAGUUCAAAGAUGGACUGGUAAAAAUGGAGAAGCCUAGCUUUAGUUUCGGGUCUCCACACGAAGAGAUGCUUUUCAGACUGUUUAGAAAGAUUUGGGGUGAAGAGGUGGAAGGAAUUGAGGAGAAUGAGGGUGAGAAAAAUAAUGACCCAAAUAUAGAGGAGGAGAAUGAGGGUGAGAAAAAUAAUGACCCAAAUAUAGAGGAGGAGAAUGAGGGUGAGAAAAAUAAUAACCCAAAUAUAGAGGAGGAGAAUGAGUUGGAUCUGAUGAACAAGGGCGAUCAAAAUGUUGGAAAGGAUUCGGCUGCGCACGCGGAAGAUAUGAUGUUGUAUGCGUCCAAUGCGGAGUUAAACAGAAAAAAAAUAAAGGUAUCUGCUUCCUCCGACCUUAUCGACUUUAUCAGGGACGUAAUUAUAGAAAAUAUGGAUUCUCUCAAGGAAUAUAGUAAGGGAUUGUUAGAAGAGAACAAGCUUGCCUUGAGCAAGCUUGAAGAUGAGUUGCUCGCAGGUAAUGAGAACGAGUAGGGUUAAAACACUCACCCUACUGUUUAGGCAAUCUUGAAUUAUAUUAAAUGGGUGGAAGUAUGCUUUUUUCUCGAAUUUGUUUGAAAUGGAUUUAGAUGGAUGGGAUGGAUUAUAUGGUUUGAAUGAUUUUUAAGGUUACAUUUUAAUCUAUAUUCAACCAUGUUGGCCUGUGCUAUGGUUUUUUUAAAUUGAUUUUCUUCGUUUGGGUUGGUCAUGAAAAAGGUCGUUCUUUCUAUUUAAAAGACUUGAGGUCACGUGUUAAUGUGG